UUGGGCACACACACACCCUCCUUCAUAGACUCCCUCUUCUUCCAGGAUAGGGAGCCAAAUUGAUCCGUCGGCUUAGAGAUGGAAUUGCUAAAGGACCUUACGUCCAUGCAGUUUGAAUAUGGGAUUGAAGAGGAAGACCGCUGCUGGCUGUAUUUGCAGGGUCGUUAUCAGGGGCGGAUGAUCGAGGCCUGUGCCCACGCAACCUUCUUCUGCAAGGUACUCCAUAAUAUGAGAGAAUCAAUACAUAAGUGGCAAACUUCCAGAUAUCGCUCCAUUGGAUCGCAUGCCACCGUUCCUAAAGACGAGUUAAAGGUGGGCAUCAUUGGAGGCGGCCACCUGGGGAAGCAACUGGCUCACGUACUGCUUGAUCUUGUCCCCAUCCCUCCUGAGAGGCUGUGGAUCUCCACUCGGAGGCCAGAGGCCCUGGAGGAGUUGCAGAACCUGGGGGUCCGGUGCUUUUACCAUAACGCCUAUCUGGUGGGCUGGGCCGACGUGAUAUUCCUCUGCUGCCUGCCAUCUCAGCUGCCUAAUAUUUGCGCGGAAAUAAACACCAGCUUUAAAAAAGACAGCAUUGUGUACAGCUUUGUAGCUGCCAUCCCAAUACCCAGGUUGAAAAGGCUGCUGGACCACACCAGUAUCUUGCGGCCUCACUAUCAAUGUGUUGAAGGUUUUGCUAAUAUCUGGCAGUCCAACAGGGAAAUCACAGCUGCUCUUCAAGAUCCUGAGAUUCUUCAGGCUACCUGCCCCUACAACCCUGCUGGCGGGAUAAUCCUCAAUAUCAAGUGGUUGGAAGGAGUGUUCUACGCAGCCUUGAACACAUGCACAGCAAAGGACCUGCCCCACCCACUAACACUGCAGCUUAUGAACGAGCUGUUCCUCUCUGUGCACACCGAUGACUGUGGGGAACGUGAAGAAUCGUGCCCAAAACUCCAAUUACAAGACUUUGUCAGCCAGGUCUAUGCCAAGGGCCUGACUCACAGAAGGCCUCUACCCUGGUUUGAUCUGGCUUCUGUGCAACUCAGGGAAACUCCCUUUACCAGGAAGCUCUUAACCUGUACUAGUCUCCAGGACCACAUUAUCCAUUUCUACUGUAAUGAAUUUGGCCUCUCCUUUACCAAAGAACAGCCGCCAAUGGUUUCCAGAAACUGUCUGUUCUAAUCAGAGAAGAUACCUCAGGACUCAGAAUUCUUUCUCUCACUACAAUGGUCAUAUCAGAUCAUCACAACUGACAGUGGGGACUCAUGGGACUGCUUGCAAAAGUUAGGCAAUCAGGAAUUAGAAAAUGGUACUGAUGGCUCUUUAUAAUGUAGAUUAAAAUGAGAGGUCCUUUACAUUGGUAUAUGUGUGUAUCUGUGAAACUACAUAACCCAACACAAUUCAGUAAGCUGCUUCCCCAUGAGAGCCUUGUUAAUACAAAUUAUCUCUCUUCUAAA